UUAAAAAUGGGUUCUUACUUUAUAGCAGCAAGUGCAAGCCAAUGGUGGAACACAGUGAAGUGCUAGAUCAAAUACUGGAACAGCUCCUGACUAAGAGAAUUGAGGUAGCCUGGGGAUCCUUAAUAGCCUCAGUCUAGAAAUCUAAUUACAGGAGUGACUGAGCUCUCAAGGAAAGCAAAGCUGCCAGCUCUGAUCAACAGUCUUGCUUUAGUUACUCUCUUGGUAUUUAAGCUCUUGCUAAGUAAAAUGGCUUUUAUAAAUUUUGUGAUCUUGCAUUCAAAACAGACUCCCUGCCAAUACAGUGCAGCUGUAUCUAAAAUGUGGAACAAAGCCUUGUAUACCAAGGUACUUCACUGCUUCUCUGAAAGUGAAGUCAUUCACAGCAGGAAAUAACUCCUCUUUUAGGGGUUAGGUGAAGGAUUUACUUCAUUUCAUGAAUUUGUGAUGUCCAAGUUUUUGAAAACUUGGAUAAGCUUGUUUUGCUGAGAAUCUGCUUUAAAGCUAAGCUUCUUGCUAAUUCCCACCCCAGUGACAGAGGGCUGGUGCUGUCCUGUAGAAUGAUCUGCUCAUGCAGAACUUGCUGCAGCCUGCAGCAUCUGGAGACCAACUUCCAGGCUUACGUCAGAGGGUAACUUGCUUGAGACCACAUACAGGCUUUUGCUGCCUCGUGCUUUCACUGUGAGAAACAGAGUAUGGAUCUCCUUCUGUGUAAUGGCUCGUGGUAUUUGUCAGACCUUAGGGGAAUCUUCCCUGGUCUGUCAGACUUUGGGCAUAUACAGAUCUGGCAUCAGAAGAGACAAGCAAUUCACAAGAGGAGUUCAGGAGGAAUGCGUUGCUGGGGUAAGUCCUGUUUCUUAUUUCAUGUAAUGGUGUGGUAUUUUACAAGACUUAUUUCCCUUCCCCCCUUUUUAGGACUCUAUACUUAAAUGGUAGGAUAGCAGAAGGAAAUUAUCUGGAGUAACUUAGCUCCUUAAAAAAUAAAAAUUCUAGGCAGAUGAAGUCUGUUGAAGUUUGUGCAAAUAAUAGGCAUGAUACAGUAAAGACAGUAGUAACUGCAGGGUCAAAAACCUAAUUCUGAUUUAAUAGUCUUUUAGCAGAUGCAGUGCUGAGAGCUGGCACUUCCAGCACAACAAGAUCCUUAAUUGGGCUGUGGGAAACAAGGAACAACUUUUUUUUUUUUCCCCUUUAGCAAAUCUAGCAGCAGUUACUCAAAAUCCAAGAAAUUUCCUUGAUUUAUUGAACUCUAAAACUGAUAAACAAACCUCAGAUGCCUACUCAAAUGAGUGUGAGUAACUUUAGUACUUUGGCAAAGCUAACUGUCAACUGCUUGUAAUUAAUGCUUAUGCUUGGAUGUGUGAUAUCCUAAUUGGCAGGCUAGGACUUGGCCUCUGAGAAAUUCUUAGUGUGACUGAAUCAGCAUGACAGCUUUUCAAUCUGCUGAAAAAAAAUGAGGCCAGAACUCUUGCAAAUCUUGGGACAGGUACCCACUGUAUGUUCCAGGUUCUCAUAACAAGCAGUUUAUCAAGUGUAUGCAUUACCUUACGACAGUGUUAUUUCUCAUCUGUAAAGCUUCUUGCAGUCUUUCUGGGUCCCUUCUGUUCUGCUGUAAACGGUUUGGCUUUGCACUUGGUUCUAAGCUGACGGUAUUUCCUUUUUUGCUUUACAGAGUACCCCAAGGCUGCUUCAAUCUCAUUUGUUUCCACAUAAGGACAUACAGCUGGAAAAUGCUUGACAAUACCAGAGUGCUCUGUGACGGUGGUGUGUACUUAGGUUGUGGUUUGCCAAGUGAAUGAGCCUUGCUAUAGCAACCUGCAGGUGCACCAGUCCAGUUUAAUGGAUCUGGAGCCAUUAUUGUGCACCAUCUACUUCAGCAGGUGUCCAACCUCCAGAGAGUUUGUCACUAGUCUAGCUUUCUCAUUUUUCAAUACUGUGCAUUUUCUGUGGGCACCUUUCCAAAGGUACAGACAGAUCCUGACUCAUGUUUUACCAAUACAACACUGCAAAAUUCUUAGCGUAGGUGUGUGGUUCAGUUUGUCUGGAGCCUUUGCAAUCCUUCAAAAAGGCAACAGCAUGCAUCUGUUUUCUUCCAAGCUAAUAUAAAAUUGACAGGUUUUAAGCUUAAGAUGAAUUUGAAAUACAAUCAGUGAAGUCCUGUCUUUUAUGUGUCAGAAUUUAAAAGUCCUGAGUCAGGUUCUGAGCUUACUCAGUUAUGCAUUUCCUGCGUGGUUCAAUGACUCAAGAUUUUUUUUUUGUCUGUUGUUUUUAAUCAAGAUUGUAAAAUUUGUUUGCCUAAAAAUCUCCAUUUUUCCUUUCCCCCCAGUGGUUAUGAAAGGAAGGAAUUACAAAGUCUUCUGGUAUGUUGUUUUCCACAGUAGUAAGUUCUCCAAUAUUAUGCAGAGCACAAAUUCCCCAAGCACUGGUUACCCAGAUGGGGAGCUAGGAGUGAGUUUGGGUGGGAAACGGUGCUUAAUAAAUCUUUGAAUUGCUCUCCUUUUGUAAGGUACUUUUUUUUUUUUCCACUUAGGGGGUGGGGAAAUGGCCUCAUCAACUGCUAAUAGAGUUUGUCGACUGGAGUUGCUUUGUUGAGUAAUACAUCCUGCUGUGAGGGAUUCACGACCGUGGCAGGGCAGCAGAAUGAUAAUCAGUACAUGCUGUACAUGGCUUUACUCUCUUCUGAGAUGAGUCAGGCCCACGCAGAUGUGAACAUAACAGGGACUUCUGUGGUGCUUAUGAGAGGCUCAGUCCUGGUAAUCUCAGUGAAUAAUCUUGUGUAGCAACAGGAGCUCUUUCUGCAUGUGUGCUCAAGUGGGAAUCGUGUUCCUUGUUUGGAAUAGCAUCAUCUUGCUUAUAAUCACAGUAGCUCCUGCAGCACACACUUCAAAGCUGGGGAAAUGUUGACUCAAAUCUGCAGUAUUUUCAUUUCUUGAAGCCAGUUAUAUGCAGGAUCUGUUUUGCAUAAAGGAAUUGUUUUGUCUCGAUAGGGAACCUGAGAGAAAAUGAGUUUUUUUAUUUUAUCAUAAGACCACAAGUGAUAGGGAUUAAUAAUGCAUGGAAAGGUUUGUAGUAGUUGAUGAGUUGUAACAAUUGUGAUAAUACAUCUGUUAAUUCAGUGAAAUGAAGAGGUUCUUUGAUCCCAGAAUAUAUAAUAGGAAAUUAUGUGCCCCAUACUGACCACUCAUGGUCUCUGAAACCAUGGUGUGCUAUCUAAUGCCAAUUAAAUAAAAGUAAUAAUAAAUAAUUUUAGGGAGGGGCAAGGGAGGAAUAAGUUGGAACUAAGAGUUGUCCUGUAAGCAUGUGCUUCUGAGGAUCCAGAAAACUCUGUCUGCAAUUGCUGCUUGUGUUUGAAAAAAUAAAUUGUGAAAGUUGCAUUCAUUUUCAGUAGCUCUUUUCAAUUCUCAUUGUUAGGGCCUGGAGAGGUGCCAUGAGACACACAGGCUGCAGUAGCACCUGACUACGUAUUUCACAAUUCUUGUGUCUUUGUAUGCCAGCAGAAACAAGCACCAGCCACCAGCAAGGGAAAUGAGUUCAGAUUGUCACAGGGUUGUUUCCAUGAAAAUUCCUGAAGCAAGAGCAGUAACAUGGUGGGUUUGAUAUUGCUCUUCUAUGCUUUGACCAUGCAUUUCUUUGGAGAUGCUCUUGACUAUGUGAGCCUGGUCAAGUAUUUAUUUUCACAUAACUAAUGGGAUUUAAAACAUCCUCUUGCAGCCCCUGGUAUUUCAGGGAUUGUUUAUCUUGUUUCACUGUUUCUCCUUCAGGCUUUCUGCUGACAAGUGGUGUUAGCAGCUUCUUGGAGGUCAGGUCCUUGCAGGAGAUGGCUUGCAAUCUGCAUGUGAUUAAAUAUGAAUAAUCCUUUCCCUGUUCAGCAAGGUGGCCUGGCUGGAGGGAUCGAGAUCUGCAUCACAUUCCCCACCGAGUAUGUGAAGACGCAGCUGCAGCUGGACGAGAAGGCAAACCCUCCCCGCUACAAGGGCAUUGGGGACUGUGUGAAGCAGACUGUCCGUGACCAUGGCAUCCGGGGGCUGUACCGGGGGCUCAGCUCGCUGUUGUAUGGCUCCAUCCCCAAGGCUGCUGUCAGGUUUGGGAUGUUUGAGUUCCUCAGCAACCAGAUGAGAGACGAGCAGGGGCGGCUGGACAGCACGCGGGGCCUCAUCUGCGGGCUGGGGGCUGGCGUGGCUGAGGCUGUGGCCGUGGUCUGCCCCAUGGAGACUGUGAAGGUGAAGUUUAUCCAUGACCAGACCUCUCCCAACCCCAAAUACCGUGGUUUCUUCCAUGGCGUCCGGGAGAUCGUUCGGGAACAGGGACUGAAGGGGACCUACCAGGGCUUAACUGCAACCGUCCUGAAGCAAGGAUCAAACCAGGCCAUCCGCUUCUUCGUCAUGACCUCCCUCAGGAACUGGUACAAAGGGGACAAUCCCAACAAGGUCAUGAACCCCUUCGUAACAGGGGUGUUUGGAGCCCUUGCUGGAGCUGCGAGUGUCUUCGGCAACACCCCCUUGGAUGUGGUGAAGACGAGGAUGCAGGGGCUGGAAGCGCACAAGUACAAGAACACCUGGGACUGUGCCUACCAGAUCAUGAAACACGAAGGGCCCCUGGCGUUUUACAAGGGUACAGUGCCUCGCUUGGGCCGUGUGUGUCUUGACGUGGCCAUCGUCUUCAUCAUCUACGAUGAGGUGGUCAAAUUCCUCAACAAGGUGUGGAAAACGGACUGAGGGGCCGGGCCAGGCAGCCCCCGCCUCCUGUGCCCCACAGGGCUUCAGCUGGAGAACAGAGACCAAACCCACACCCACCUGCGGCACUGCUGGGGCCAGGUCUGCCCUGCACACCCCAAACCUGGCCACCUUUAUCUUUAGGAGCAGGCUCUGGAGCAGGUUAAAUUACUAGUUGUGUGCUGAAAGGAGCAGGGAGGGAGCUGCAUCCCACCAUCCCUACCCCCAGCAUCCCGGUCAUGCCCACCCCAGUCUCCUGGUGACACUUUCCCCCAGCCCCACAUCAGCUAUGUGUACUGGUUAACCAGGCUGAGAUGUCCCUUGGACGGUGGCCUUGGGGCUCCCAGCAGCCAGGAGCUCCUGACUGCCUCAGGAGCAGCUCUUUUGGGGGUGCUGAAAGCCCCCUCGAGCCAUGUGGGUGCAAUGCCAAACUGUGCAUCACAAGCUGACAGUGGGGCUGAUACCACGGCAGGGUCACAGCAGCUCUUGGAGGGGGCCCAGCAGCCCUGCACCCCCUGGGAUGGGAGAGCAGUGACCCCCUGGUGUGACCCCAAGCUCCCUCCUCCCUCCCUGGCAGCUCCAAGACCACCGGCGUGCAACAUCCCAUCCCAUCCCAUCCCGGGGAUCCUGCUCAGCCCCGGGCUGCUGAGCAGCAGUUGCCCAAAAUUGCACAUACAGCCAGGCCUUUAGUUCUGCUCACUGUGGGCUGGGGUUGGGGUGAGCCGGGUGCCCCUCACCUGCCGUUUACAGCCGAGUCGUGCGUGCGAGCCAGGCCGAGGAGGUGCAGCCCCAGGCUGCAGGCUUGGCCCCUCGGCCAGGGGUGCAAACCCCUUUCUUCUGCCACAUUCCCCGCAUCUGCCCUCCCGCCGCGUUCCUGUGGUGCCGUAGGUGAUCCCGUAGCUUUUGGAGCUUUAGAGCUUCAUGCUGACUCACUAACACCCAUGGCCGUGGGGCUGGAGCCCUGCCCUGCCCGUGCCAGGCUGGCCCCACUAUAUUUGUGCCAAAUUUCUCCCUGAGGGAGCUGGGGGUGCAAGAGCCAGGGCUCAACCCAUCCCUCCUCCCUCUUGUAGCCAGCGAUGAGCUCAGCCUUAACACUGGAGGGUGAAGGAGGAAAGCCUGGGCACGGUUUACCUGUGGCUUUUGGCUCUGUAGCCAGUGAGGGUUGCAUUAGUUUUUUUUUUAUUGUUAUUCUGUUUUACAUUCGCAAUCUGAAUAAAAUCAGUCUG